AUGGUCGCAAAUACAACAGCUGCACCUGCAACUGCUGCACCGACAACUGCAGCGCCUACGACUGCUGUUCCAACAACUGCUGCACCCACAACGGCCGCAAAUACAACAGCGGCAAAUACAACAACUGCACCUACGACUGCUGCUCCAACAACUGCUGCACCAACGACUGCUGCACCUACACCAGCUGCAUCCUCGACGGCCGCACCUACAACAUCUGCACCUGCAACUACUGCACUGACAACGGCAGUGCCUACUACUGCAGCUCCUACAACUGCUGCACCAAUGACUGCUGCUCCUACAACUGCUGCUGCACCAACAACAGCUGCACCUACAACAGCUGCGCCUACAACGGCUGCACAGACAACUGCAGCACUUACUACUGCAACUCCUACAACUGCUGCUACAACAACUGUUGCACCUACAACAGCUGUACCUACAACUGCUGCACCUACAACAGCUGCACCAACAACAGCUGCACCUACAACAGCUGCGCCUACAACGGCUGCACAGACAACUGCAGCACUUACUACUGCAACUCCUACAACUGCUGCUACAACAACUGUUGCACCUACAACAGCUGUACCUACAACUGCUGCACCUACAACAGCUGUACCUACAACUGCAGCAACUACAACUACUGCUCCAACAACUGCUGCACCACCGACUGCUGCGCCUACAACUGCUGCACCGACAACUGCAGUGCCAACUACUGCAGCUCUAACAACUGCUGCACCUACAACUGUUGCACCUACAACAGCGGCUCCUACAACUGCUACACCUACAACUGCAACUGCCGCUCCAACAACUGCUGAACCUACGACUGCUGCUCCAACAACUGCUGCACCUAGAACAGCUGCACUUACAAGUGCUGCACCGACAACGGCAGCGCCUACUACUGCAGCUCCUACAACUGCCACACCUACAACUGCAGCAACUCAACCUGUCUAUAAACUCUCAGCAGACUUAUCAGGAGAAACAUUUUCAGAGGACCUCAAUGACCCAAACAGCGCUGCAUUCAAAGCACUUGCAAAACGAGUUGUCAAUACAUGUUUUCAGAUAUACAGGCCGAGAUUUCCGGACUUUGUUGACUGCAUUGUGACAAAGUUCAGUGCCCUCGGUACAUCACGAGCAGAAGGAGUUCAAGCCGAAUUUAACGUUGUCUUCAGUCAGAACACUACGGAUCCCCCAUCAAAUAAUGAGGUUUCUAUGACCCUCCAGACUGCAGUGAGUGAUCCCACCAACUCCUUCAACGUGAGCAUUAAUCCCAGCUCAGUCACCUUAGUAGCAGGCCCAGUUGCAACUCCAACUACAACUGCUGCACCUACAUCUGCUGCACCUACAACUGCUGGCCGCACC